GCGACCGCCACCUCCUAUGCACAAGGUGUCACAUUUGAAAAGAAACCUGAGCCCCGGGGAGACGGCGCCUAGCGACCCUGGCCUGGCUAGUGCAAACUGCGCGGCAGAGCGCUGGGCAGCGCUGGGGAUCCCAGAGAGCUCCACCGCAGAACAUCCUAGCGACCUGAUUCUGGGAUCUCGGCUCCUCGCUCCCUUCUCAAUUUUCAGAUUUCUCCCCCUCGCUUAUUUCCCCAAAACGGAGCCUUUAUACCAGGAGAAGGUGCCAGAGCUGGGGCAACCAGGACUUUCCCGGGCACCCAAGAUGCGCUCCAUUAGAAAACGGUGGACCAUCUGCACUAUAAGUCUACUUCUGAUCUUUUAUAAGACAAAAGAAAUAGCAAGAACUGAGGAGCACCAGGAGACGCAACUCAUCGGAGAUGGUGAAUUGUGUUUGAGCAGGUCGCUUGUCAACAGCUCUGAUAAAAUCAUUCGGAAGGCUGGCUCAACCAUCUUCCAACAUUCUGUACAAGGCUGGAAAAUCAAUUCUUCCUUAGUCCUGGAGAUAAGGAAGAACAUUCUCCGUUUCUUAGAUGCGGAACGUGAUGUCUCUGUGGUCAAGAGCAGUUUUAAGCCUGGUGAUGUCAUACACUAUGUGCUGGACAGACGCCGGACCCUAAAUAUUUCACAUGAUCUGCACAGCCUCCUGCCUGAAGUUUCACCAAUGAAAAACCGCAGGUUUAAGACCUGUGCCGUUGUUGGAAAUUCUGGCAUCCUGCUAGACAGUGAAUGUGGCAAGGAGAUUGACAGUCACAAUUUUGUAAUAAGGUGUAAUCUAGCUCCCGUGGUGGAGUUUGCUGCCGAUGUGGGGACUAAAUCAGAUUUUAUUACCAUGAAUCCAUCAGUUGUGCAAAGAGCAUUUGGAGGCUUUCGGAAUGAGAGUGACAGAGAGAAAUUUGUGCAUAGACUUUCCAUGCUGAAUGACAGUGUCCUUUGGAUUCCUGCUUUCAUGGUCAAAGGAGGAGAGAAGCACGUGGAAUGGGUUAAUGCAUUAAUCCUUAAGAAUAAGCUGAAAGUGCGAACUGCCUAUCCAUCACUGAGACUUAUUCAUGCUGUCAGAGGUUACUGGCUGACCAACAAAGUUCCCAUCAAGAGACCCAGCACAGGCCUCCUUAUGUACACACUGGCUACCAGAUUCUGUGAUGAAAUUCACCUGUAUGGCUUCUGGCCCUUCCCUAAGGAUUUGAACGGAAAAGCUGUCAAAUACCAUUACUAUGACGACUUAAAAUACAGAUACUUUUCCAACGCCAGUCCUCACCGAAUGCCACUAGAAUUUAAAACAUUGAAUGUGCUGCAUAAUAGGGGCGCGCUAAAACUGACCACAGGGAAGUGCAUGAAGCAAUAAAGCACAUUUUGGAGGGUCAAACCUGGAUGCAAACUUUUUUUUCUAAAGAUGCUUCUGGAGAGAUUUAGAAACAGGAUCCAAAACAAGGCUGGGUUUCUGCAUCCACCAACUGACUGAAUAGCUGAAAUGGAAGUCCAUGUGAACCCACCACCAGCUGAUGACAUACCUGCAGAGUGCUCUACCUAGCAACUCUCCUGACUCCAAGGGUCCUAGUAAGUGCCACUUCCACGAAGAAUACAGUUUGAAUGUAUUAUCAGUAGUGUUUACAAGAUCCAACAGUGCACUCAUCAUGAAUUAGCAAAGCAAAUAUGUUCAUCACUGUGGAGCAGCCACUGUAAGGCCAAGCACACUGGAAGAGGAACCAUGGAGCACGACUCGGCGCUUGGGAAAUUAAAGCAUCCUUACUCACCAAAUUGAAGAAGGAACGAGUUCAGAGUGAAAUCCACGAGAUGAAGCAACUUGAGGGAACCUUUAGUCAGGACACUGAGAAUGAUGAUCGUGUUUAGGUUUUGCUUGUGUUUGUGGUUGUCUUCUGAAACUUAUUUUGGUUUGGGUAUAGGGUGCUUAGAAAUUUAUUUGAGGUAUAGAAAUAGGAAACACAUAGAUGGGGAAAAUAAACAUCAAACAGUCCUUUAUAAAAUUCUUUUGCUUUUUAUGCAGCAAUCACACCAAAUUUUUUUAUUUGUUUUGUUUUGCACAACUAUAAAUCUCUGGAUUAUGUAUCAACAGUGUGGCAGGUACCAGCCAAAAUAUAGCACUCGAUAAUAGUAAACUAUUGUGAAGGAGUGAUAUUUUAAAAAUUGCAAAGUUGCUCUUGGUACCAAAGAUUAAAUCAUGUUCCUACACAGUAUACCAUUCUCCUUACAUUAAAGGGAUAUAUUAUUAAAAUGAGCACAUCGUUGCUAUGAAACUUGGCUCUAAAUAUUUAAAAAAUUUCAAACUCAAAUAUUUUUAAUUUAUACCUUUGAUAUUUUCUAAUAGCUUCGUGGAAACAUAUUGCCCUGUAGAAUAAAGGUUGGGUUGGUGUAGCUGAGAUAUUACUACUAGUUCGGUGAUAACAUCCUGGUUAUUCAGAUGCAAAGAUCAAUGAGCACCGCUUAACACAAUUGUAAGAUUUCUCUCUACAAAGUAACAUGACUAAUUGAGAUUUGUUUUCAGAACACGUGGGUAAUUCAAAGCAGUUUAACAGUAAUAUAUCAGCAUUGUGCAGUUAAAAUGAAUUAAAUCGACAAGGUUUUUUUUUUUUUUUUGCAGUUAAGGACAGUUCCAUUAUUACUGCGUUUUAAGGAUAAAUAAAGUUCUUCAUGGAGUGACUUAGAAUGAUUAGAUACGUGACUGAAGUGACUGGUGGGCCGGUUUUCUGUUUCUUCUGAAAGCAGAAGCUAUAUAGUCUCACUUCUGCUUUGGCCCACAGCAACUUCAUAUGACUUCUCGUUUCUUGGGGAAGGCACACUGAAGAAAGCAGAAAUAGUAUGAAAACUGUGAAUGUUUUGUUUUUUUGAAGGACAGGCAAUCUCAAAAUGAAUGAAGAGAGUAGGGGAAGUGUACAUAUAUGUACAUAUAUGUAUUCAUACUAUGGAAAAGAAUUGUCACAGUACGGCAGUUACCAAUAUUUUUAAUACUAGCUUUUAUGCUUUUAAAAAUCUGCAGAAUCUCAGGAUAAAAAGAACAUUUUCUGAGAAUCUGUGUAUCUCCCACAAAACAAAACUGAGUGCAUAUGGAAGCUUCUUAAAUACUAUGAGUAAUCUCAAUAUGCUUUUGUCAUUAAAAUCCUUAUCCACUUGAAAAUUUGAAAGUAUUAGAUACAUGUUAUAUGAAUGCUAAAUUGAAAGUCUAAUUUAUUUGACAAUUGAAAGGUGGGUAAACAUAGAAUUUACUUUGAACUCUGUGCAGAUAAGUCUUCCCAGCAGCACCUAACAUGAAUUCCAUAGAAAUCUAGAAGUCACAAGUGUAUUUUAACAAGGAUAUACCAACUUGGCACUUAUUCAAAGUAUGUAUUUGAAAGCAGCAACAUACCCUGUUGACUGCAUUUUCAGAAAGAAGAAAUAAAUGAUUAAGCAACAUUCAGUCCCCAGUAAGCACACGGCACCCUCCACCAUUCCCUGCAUUGCUGUUUAUCCCUUAGCCGCAUUGGGUAGUGCCUUUUCAACGUCUUCCCAUCGAUUCCUCACCCCUGCUUUGUGUUCUCUAAACGCUUGCCCAGUUAGAAGAAUGUUCAGCAUCCAAAGGGCUUCAGAUCUGAAAGAAAACUACUUUUGUUCAUCUCAGGGAACUUUCAAUACAGAAGAGCGGAUUCAGUUGAAAGU